CAAACCCUGUCAUUUCUACAAUCUCUCUCUCUCUCUCUCUCUUAGACAACAAGAAUUGCUUCCUUCAAUUUACGUACAUAAUCCAAACCCUAAGUUCUUGCUCAACUUUUCUCUGUGAGUGGUGCCGUUUGGUUUUGAAAGGAAAGCGCAGAGAGUAGCUGACUAAGCUGCAAUUUGAUUCUCUAGAGAAAUGGGACAACAAUAUCUGUAUCUGUGGCGCACUGUAAUUGUCUUCUCGGCAAUUCUGACAUCACAGGCUUGGGCGUAUACAGAUAUGCUUGAUGUCACAGCUCUUCAAGAUCUGUACAGGACCUUGAAGCAGCCAUCAGAGCUGAAGGGAUGGAGACUGGAAGGUGGAGAUCCUUGUGAGGAGUCAUGGACGGGAGUGUCAUGUUUUGGGUCCUCCGUUAUAUACCUUAAACUACCUGGACUAAACCUCACUGGUUAUCUUGGUGGCCUGCUCUACAAUCUCCAUAAUUUGAAGCAAUUGGACAUUAGCUCCAAUAAUCUUCUGGGUCAAAUUCCAUAUGGCUUACCCCCUAAUGCCACUCAUAUAAAUUUGGCAUGCAACUCUCUUACCCAAAAUAUUCCCCACUCUUUACCUAUGAUGAAAAAACUUCGACAUUUGAAUCUAAGCCACAAUUUGUUAUCUGGACCCAUCGGCAAUGUGUUUACUGGCUUAUGGAAUCUAAGACAGAUGGACUUGUCAUAUAACAACUUCACUGGAGAUCUACCAAGUUCAUUUGGAUCACUGACUAAUCUUACUGGAUUAUAUUUACAGAAUAACAAAUUCACAGGAUCGGUCAUGUAUCUGGCCGAGCUUCCACUGAUUGACCUGAACAUACAAGAAAAUUAUUUCAGUGGCAUCAUUCCAAAGCAUUUUCAGUCAAUACCAAAUUUAUGGAUUUGGGGAAAUAAGUUCCACGUAGGGGAUAACUCUCCACCAUGGGAUUUCCCUUUAGAGACGGUUCCCAUUGAACAGAAUAUUAGUGCUCCCCCAACAACGCAGUCAAGUGCCAUCGAGAACUAUCCCUCCACCAAAGAAGGUGGGCACAAGAAAAAGAUUGGCCCCGGAGGAAUCGCUUUUAUAGUUGGUGGAGGAACUCUAGUCGUAUCAUGUGCAGCGCUCUACUUAGCAAUUCAGCUCAACCGAUACCGUGCACAAAAGCUUCAAAACUUAGGUUGUGACAGCUCAACGCAUUCUCUUACAAUCACUACAGCAAAAGACAAUUCUUCUGCUGCACCAGAAGAGAGCCCGCAAAUGUUGAAUCUCAGGUCACCCAUAUUAGGUCGAAGACGGAUUCCCCUUGCUAACCAUAGCAGAAUUGAGAAAACGUCUAGGAGAAAAAGUUUCUCUAAGAAUUUCAAAUUCCCAGUGAGAGCAAAGCUAUACACUGUAGCAGAGCUUCAAUCAGCCACAAACAGUUUUAGUGAAACAAACCUUCUUGGUGAAGGAUCUCUUGGUUCUGUUUAUAAAGCUGAGUUUCCGGAUGGACAAAUUUUGGCAGUGAAAAACAUCAAUAUGGUAUCAUUGUCUUUUAAUGAAGAAGAACAGUUCCUGGAAGUUGUUUGGGCCGCUUCACGUUUGAGACACCCCAACAUUGUAUCACUUGUCGGCUAUUGUGUAGAGCAUGGACAGCAUCUUCUUGUAUACGAGUGUGUCAGAAAUUUGUCUCUUGAUGAUGCCCUCCAUAGUGGAGCUUUCAAGCCCCUGUCCUGGGGCCUCCGUCUUCAGAUAGCACUUGGUAUUGCUCAGGCUUUGGACUAUUUGCACUCUGCUUUCUCGCCUCCUCUGGCUCAUAGCAACCUGAAGGCUGCCAAUAUCUUACUUGAUGAAGACCUUACACCUCGUAUCUGUGACAGCGGGCUGGCUAUUUUGAGGCCUCUUACAAGCAAUAGAGUCAAACUUAAGGCUUCAGAAAUUGCUAUAGGUGACAGUGGCUACGUUGCACCUGAACAUGGUCAACCAGGAGUUGAUAACUCAAAAAGUGACACCUAUACCUUUGGAGUGCUGCUUUUGGAGCUACUAACGGGAAGGAAACCCUUUGAUAAUUCAAGAGCAAGGGAAGAGCAGUCACUGGUGAAAUGGGCUUCAUCCAGGCUUCAUGACAGUGAGAGCUUGGAACAGAUGGUAGAUCCAGGCAUUAAAAAAACAUUCUCCUUCAGAACUCUCUCCCGUUUUGCUGAUAUUGUCUCCCUCUGCAUACAGCCUGUGAAGGAAUUCCGACCGCCGAUGUCCGAAGUGGUGGAAUCACUGAAAUGUUUGUUAGAAAGGAUCAACAUGGGGAAAAGCAAUGGACCAGAUGGCGCUGAAGUUGAUUCCGUUGACCAGCGAUCUUUCCGUUCAACCAAUUCCCGUUUCGUAGUUUCGCCUACAUCGAGCCAUUGGGCUGUAUGAUAUAGCAACAGUACUCGCAACAAUCACCUAGGUUGGCCUUUUGACUUGGUUUGUAAUUCUAGUUUUGUUAGUAGAUAAACACUGUAGCUACGAACCGGUCUUGAUCCAAAAUGCAUGUGCACGGCCAUUCUUUUCUUUGUAGUAUUACCACUGUCCCUGGUUACAUCCCGUUGUUGUAUGCUGUUGUACGUAGAUACGCACAAAUUUUUUUUAUUUUUUA